AUGUACUUGAGCUUCGACCCGGAUGCGACUCGUGGAGACGCCCAGCUCCUACUGGCUUUGAAAGGGUACGAAAGGGUACACCUCUGCCGACACGACUCCUGUCCAGAAGAAGGUCAACACUUCAAGAGCUAUGCUUUGGCUCGACAGCUCAACCCUGAACGUUUCCACCUCCUUUCGACUGCUGCUGGGGCGCAGAGGACGGGGAUGAAGACAAUGGGGUGGCUCUUUUCAAAGGCCCACAAGUCAGCGAAGCGGCUGAAGGACUAUGCCUCCGAGUCUGAACGGGAGGAGGUUGGAGGAUGCUGCGCACACCUUGUCCGAUGGGAAGGUGAGGCUGGUCGAGUUUGUCUUAGUGACCACCCGUGCAAGAAUGGGGCCGCUACGGACGUGGAGAUGUUGGAAGAAGACCGUGGGAAUCUCCCCGCUGACCAACAAGCAUCUUUGUGCUCGGCCCAUGCAGUGCGUUAUCUAACACUGCGGGCUACCUUGAAGUGCUCCUAUGGGGGUUGUCAGAGGCUCGGGGCAGUGAGUAAGCAAGGGUUGCGCCUCUGCGGAGUUCAUCAGGAGCAAGCGUCGACAUCAUCCAGACGUUCCUCGCGGUCGAGAUCCAGGGCAAGGGACCCACACCCGGGAGAAGACGAAGGUGAAGAACGGGCAGAAGGAGAAGGAGAUGAUCGGGCACGGAGACGGGGGCGAGCCCGGGAGGAGAAGGAGGAGGAACCACCCGCCCUUCGGAGGAGGAGGGUGUCGUCUCCAGGCCACACGCCAAAGUCCUCAGUCCAACACAGCUUGGCCCGGAUGGGAAUGAUUAACUCUCCAGACCGGAGGGGGGACCUCACCUAUUUGGAGGAGUUCAUGGAGCAGAUGGCUGACGGGAGGGAGCUUCAGCUGGGAGAAGAAGACAUUCGCAAGCAGCUGGCAGCCCAGGCAGGGUUGACUGUGGGCGACCUCACUCGGCAUCUCUAUGAGCAGGCGACGGAGGAGCAAAGAAAGGGGACGAAGGGUCUGACCAAGUUCUUGGCAAAGUGGCGCCAGCAGGCUGCUGCACAAGAUCGCCCUACGUCCUUGUCGGACUGGAGUGUGGUCGAAAAAGAGCGGGAGAGCUCGGCACCUACACCAUCGAGCAUGGUUGAGACACCUCCCAAAAGGAAAUUGGCAUUGGUUCCACCCCCGGGGAUCUACGACCCUGACAGGAAGGCCGGCGCUGGGGCGGAAGAACGGGCUGGGCAUUCCGAGAUGACCGACAUCGCCAAAGCGAUCCAGCAGCAAACGAAUGAACUGGCUACGUUGGUCAAGGCCCAGCAGGAGACCACCACGGGCAUGGGCGGCUCGCUGAAAGGUUUGGGGAAGACCUCUGAAGAACUGGAGAAGUAUGCCCUGAGUGCAUCUGACUUCGUUCCCUGCACAGACGCAGAGUUGGACCAGUUCGCGAUCGAAAGCCGGACAGGGAAGCCCUUGAACGAGCAAAGACCCACGGCCCCUACUCGAUAUGAAGACUGGCUCAAUCGAGUGAAACGCCAGAAUGACAUUUGGGCGCUCGUGUACGGGGUGGAGUGGACGGCAGUAAGGGAGCACGCCAUCAACCUGUUGGGGGAGUGGCAUGUCAGCGCCCCUCAUAAGUGGCCGCUACAGGUCCUUUUGGACGUGUGGGAAGAGCUGCACUGGCGCUUCUUGGAGGAGCUAAAAGAGGAGUUGAGGAAGAUCAAGCGGCUGUCAGGCAGGGAGUCCAUGACGCUGCAGGACCUCAAGUUCUAUGCCCUCAUGCCGGAUGAGGAAGGAAGACCCCCUUUGAACCUCCCGCAGACCUUCGACUUGCGGCGACCUGAAGGAUGGUUUAUGUCCGAAGUCAUGCCCAGGAUUGAGCGAAGGCAGGAAAGGAUGCUUUGGAAGAUGACGUGGGAGGGCUCCGGAAAAAGCAGAGCGCAAGGUCAACCGGCUGGAGGAGAUGGUGGCUUGAAGGAGGAGAGGCUGUCGCUGAAGAGCCUAUUCGGGCCAAAGCUCACGGUGGAAGAGACCACGAGAGCAAAGGACCGCGCCCCUACCAACAAAGAGGGCAAGUUGCUGUGUUGGGGCUACCUCACUCACCUGGGCUGUUCGCAGCAGGGCUGUCAGAGGGCGCAUGAGCCUUUGAGGGGGCCCUUCGAGGCUCUUGAUCCGGCGGUUCAACUCCAGAUGCUCAGACGGGGAGGCCUCAGGAGGAUGAAGGCUGAGACGAAGGAAUCAGCAGCCGAGAAGAUGAAAGAAAUCAGGGCUGGGGUGGCAAAGGACAAGGCCGCGAAGGUGCAGGAUGGCAAAGAUCGCCGACGAGCAGGUCAAGGAGAGGGUACCAAGGAAGGCGAGCCAGAAGGACCUGAAAAGGCUGGGGGCAGAGUUCAUUGGGAGGCGCCAGAGGCGAUGAUCCAAGUCGACUACACCCACCAGGAGAAGGAGUUUGCCGACCUCGUCGCGGGCCCGGACAGUUCUGUUUUUGACCACGUUCCCAGGGAGGCUCAACCUCACGAAGGAAGACAUGGAUCUACAGCCCCGGCAGAGGCCCAGGACAUGGUGAGGAAGGCGCAAGCCCUCGCAACAGGGCCGGUUUUGGGAAAGCUUCAGGAGGCUUCAGAUGAUCUCUAUGCGUGGGCCUCAACGAGGGUAGCCAACGACCCGGAGAUUCUCUUUGAGACCCUCAUGGAAGAAAUGGUCCAAUAUGGUUUGGGAGAGCUUGCGGCGGAAGCGGCUGCCUUGCUUGAAGCCCAUGGGCAAGGGAUGAAGGCAGGACAUCAAGCCCGAUGCCAACUCGGAGACACUCGAUGGGAAGGUGAUGGACCCGGGAGAGCUCUGGUGCACAUCGACGGGUUACCUUGGGCCCUUUGGGACUUCGGCGAGAUGGUCAACAUGACAGAGGAGCUGGCGGGGCUGCUGGGGGUGAUCGAGCCCGAGAAGGAGAAGAGGCAAUGUGUCACGAAGGUUCUAGCAGCAGGGAUGCACCUCGCCCUGGAGCCCAUCGAGCUCUACACACAACCGCAUCAGCAACUCGGACCACGCCCAGAUCAUGAUCUGUCCGACCCGCACCGCCAGGAGUACUUCAUCAACCGGCUUAAGGCACAGGACUCAAAUGUGCAGUGGAUUGCAAGCCCGUGUACGAGUUUCUGCGAUUGGUGUCUGCAGAACGGCGGGACUCGAACAUUUCAGAACCCUGCCGGGCAACCAACAGCCAAAGAACAGAUUGGCAAUGCUUUGUCGGAGUAUGGCGCGAGGGUGUUUGAGACUUCCCUACUGCAAGGUGGCUUCCCUAUUGCCGAAAGCUCUGGCACAUCGGGCAGGUAUCCCAAGCAAUGGCACCUACCUCAAUGGCGCCGUUUGCUGCAGCGCCCGGACGUCGACUUCAUUGAGAUCGACAUGUGUGCCUUUGGCUUGGGGCCACCAGACAUGCCGGGCCACUUCUACCGUCAUCGUACCGGGUUGGCCUUCCCUCAUCAUCCCCCUCUACGGCAAGCUUUGCUCCGCCUCUGCCCUGGUGUCUCAGGAACUCACCAGCAUAUCUCCCUGAAGGGCAAUCGACCAGGGGUGCAGGUGUCGCGGUGCACGGAAGCUGGCGUCUAUGCGGAGGCCUUCGUCCGGACUGUCGUCGAGACCCUGGUGCACACCUUGGAGGAGCCCGUGGUCGACGAGGGUGGCCAGGCCGGCCUCGAGGACUUUGAGUACCUGAAUGAAGAUGAACUCCAGCAAGUCGCUGGGAUGGCCGUGGACGAGGCGCUCGGGGUGUGGAAUGGUGUCGAGGUCAACAAUCCACAACGGGAUGAACCUGAGGGAGAGGUGGUUGAGGAUGAGGAGGACCUUGAAGGGGAGGACACCACUGAGCCACGCCCUGAGACUGAAGGCGAGCCCAGCACGAGAAUUGUGUGGCAGGAUCUGGGGCUCCGAAACCGCAUGGAAGUGGACGCGGAAAGGGGCUAUGUGUGGGUCCAUACGAAUGAGGCAAGGAAUGAUCUGGUGGUCCCAGAGGAGCUGCCCUACCCGUACUGGCCGCAUCGAUUCCAGAGUGAAAGAUACACCCGAUGUGAAACCCGAGACGAGUGGGGUCGUCUUCAAGUGGCCGAGGUCUAUGAUGACUGGAGGGUCCAAGGGAGAGGCAGGCCACCGAUCGUGCCCUGGACAGGAGCCACCCUUUUUGUCUUCGCGGAUGGGCAGGCCCCUUGGGUUGAGCUGCCUGUGGAUGGCCAGGGGGCCCUGAUGCCGGUGGAGGAGGUGAAGAUCCAGGGGGCGGUGAGGACGACUGGCGGCACCAGUAGCACUCACGGGGCUCCAAUGAUUGGCAAAGCCUCAAUGACAGUGGCCAAUGGCAAGGUUGGCACUCGUGGUCGUGGCGAGGACUGGCAAGCCGUGCGAGAACGGGGAGAUCUGCUGUUGGACCUGACGGGCUCAGUUGAGAAGGCAGCGAUGGCACUUUGGGUGGCGCGGGAGCAGUUGGGCCGGAACAAUUUGCAAGGGGCCGACAGUGAGGAGCUCACGAAGUUGUUGCACCCAGAUCAUUUGGCCUACCUGCGAGAUAUCAGAGCUCAAGGCGUGCCCGCCAGGUACCAAGGGCAGAGGGAGCGAGUGACGACCCGACCACACCCGCGGGCGAGGGCAGACAUGGGCCAAGUGUAUGUCCAGUUGAUGAAGGACAUCGCGAAGCACCGAGUUCUGGUCGCCUCAGCGAGCCAUUCAGCCCUCAAGCAUACGGUCUCCUCACCCUUUGAACUGGUUCCCAAGAUGCUGCCGAAUCGGUCCUUGUCAACCGAAGCUAGGCUGGUGCAUGAUCAACGGCAGGUCAACGGAGGAACCCACAAGGAUCUUCACCCGCCUGCGGCACAGCCGACCCAUGAGCAGGUGGCGAGGCGCAUUUUGUGGCUGAAGGCGAGAUACCCCGGCAUCAAGGUCGUUCUGGCAAAGAAAGACGUGGCUGGUGCCUUCAGAUUACUAUGGGUUGAUCCCAGGGAUGUGGAGCUGUUUGCGGGUGACGUCCCAUGGAGGCCAGAGUUGAUGGGACCGGGAGGAUCGGCGGCCAAGUUUCAAGGACUGGGAGAUCUUACGGUCAUCUACCUGGUCUCGAGCUUCGGGUUCUCGGGCUCCCCGGGAGAAUGGACGGCAUGGGGGCGUGCUACGGAGGAAGUCCACCGCAACCUCCGCCCGAUUGACAGCAGGAGAGAUGGAGAGCUGCACUUCUGCGGGAAGAUUUUGGUCGAUGACAUGGUGCUUGUCGAGCCCGUGAUGGGAUUGAGACCCUGGGUGUCCAGUGAGGUGUACGAGUGGGCGGUGACGCAACUCCUAGGGGAGAAGGCCAUCAACAAGCUCAAGGAUGCGGAAGAAGGGAUGUCCUUGCCCGAGGCCCGGAUUCUCAAGGGGGCUUACUUGUUGGCUCAGCCGUGCUUCAACUACGGGGACAAAAACCUUCCCCUCAAGGAGCUACAACGAUUCCGAGGGAUCGCCAAUGGUUGGAGCACCGUUGUCACUGGACUCAAGAACGAGCUCCGCAGUGCAGAUGUGUUUCUUGGAGGAGUUGAUGGAGGAGCCGCAGUUCAACCUAAACUAGCCCAGCCUGAAGGGUCCGAAGCUCGGGUGGAUGAGGAGGAACGAAGUUGGGAGGCCCUUUGGGAGUUGUUCGAGGACUGCAGGUGGUUGUGUGCCCGUUCAGAGACGUGGGCUACGAAGUUUGGGGGCGACAUCAGAGAGUUGCUCCCGCCUUUGGACCGCUUGGCCCUGCCUGGACAGCAAGGGGAAGGCCCGAUCUUCGUCUCCUCUGACGCUACGCCGGAGGUUGUUGCAGCCAUCGAUUGGACCAAUGGCCUGGCUUGUCGCGAGGAUGUUGAGACCCUGAAGCCAUGGAUUCGGCAGGUUACAGAGGCCGAGGGGCAAGAGGGCGGCAAGCUCGCCAUUCAUCUGGGCGAGAUGCUGAGCUUCGUGGCCUUUGCUUGCAAGGUUGGCCAUUUGUGGGAGGGCAGAGUGGUCGUCUAUGCAGGGGACAACAAGGUCGUCUACUUCUGGAUUACCGGGCGGAAGAGUGGAGUCCGGGCCGGGAGGUUGUUGAUCCGGGUCUUGAACUUGGUUGAGAAGCGCCAUCGCUGCCGCAUCCUGGGGGGUUGGUGGAGGACCUUUCACAAUGAGGAUGCGGACGCCCUCACCCGUUUGGAGGAGAAGCAGGCGGACGAGCUCAUGGUGAAGAAGGGUUGGGACAAGCUGGACAUCAAGGAGAGCAUCCACCAGGCUUUGGAGGACACGGAGCGGUUUGGCUUGUGCUUUUUGUCCUGGGCAGAUCAGGAGGACAGAUAUGAGUUGAUGAGGUUGAGGGAACUACGGGUCUUCAGAACCGUCCUCCGACAGCCAGACUUCGAAUACUUCACUGGGGGAGCCAGGGAUCCGGAGCACAAGGUCAUAGCAGCCACCAUCGGACCUGACCCGAAAGGAAGGCGAGUGGCGGAGUUCACGGCCUAUCUCGACAGUGAGGUCUUUGACAUUGCCGUCCUGGAGGGACCGACCGAGGUGCGAUGGGCGCGCCUGGAGCAAUGGGCGAAGAGUGUGGGAUGGAGCUGUGUGUUCCAAGAGUUCCUCACGUCCCAGCUUGGGGAAGCUAUGGUGAGGAGAAGGGUCGCGGGCUUCGUUUUCCCUACGGAAAAGUCCUCGGAGGCGGUCGAGUUUUUGAUGGUGAAGUCGGUUACUCCGCCAGCGAUGGGGUCCUACUUGAAGAAGCUCAAGGAAGGCAACUGCGUUCAGACCGAACGGUAUGAGGCAGCCAUCAAUGUGGGCCAAGAGGUCAUGCUCCCGGUGGUGACAGCCCAUGCGUGGAUCAGGCAGGACGGGGAGAGGCAGAAUGUCUAUUCCUUGAGCGGACCUUGCCGGUGGCCCCUCACUGACUCCUUAGAGAAGGGCAUGCAACGCAUCCUAGUACAGGACAAGACCGCCCCGGUGGGCAAGGUGAGGAGCCUCACGGGCGAGGAGGUGUGGGUGCUGCAGGGCAGGCGCCUGGACGAGUGGAGGAACCUGGUGGAGCUGAUCGGGGAGAAGGAAGCGGAGAAGGAAGGCUGCCGGGCUACAGGCCGUCGAACUGCUCUGAGCCUGAUCAGCACCGCUGCGGAGAUUGUGAAAGAGGGUAAGGAAAGCAAGGCAGGGAUGUGCCUCGACAAGGAGGAUUACAAGUCAUUGGGCAUUUUGCUGCAGUGGCUGAGGAGAUGGCGUCGUGGAGACUUCAGGCGAGCACUACCAGAUCGUAAGGCUGGAGGCCGUGAUGAUCAGAUGCGAUCGGUGUGGUUCUGGGGUGAAGAGUUGUGGCUUGGCGCCCUCGAGGAUGACGAGAUGACCUUCGGAAGCAGUGAGGACCGGAAAUGCGGAGGUCGCCGCAGGAAGGAGGUGAGGCCAGUGGAGGAGACCGGUGCUCGUUUCAUCGACCUCAACCCAGACUUCAAUCCAGAUAUGGAGAUCCAGGCGCAGGUGGAGGAGUGGUUGGAAGCCCACUUGGUGGGUGACAAGGCAGCCAGCACCCAGAAAGCAUAUGCCACCGCUUGGGGCAAAUGGUGUGAUUGGAGCCGACGACAAGGCUGGCUAACUCCUUUCCUCGACCACAAUGGCGACCCAAUCCACAAUGAGAACAAGGUCCUGGGCUACCUGGGCUACUUGGGAUGGCUGGGUACGUCAGUGGCCACGAUGAAGCAGGCAGUGUUCGCCAUCAAGGACGCACACAAGAGAGCCGGCCAUGGUGACACGACGGUCAAGAUGCACCGUCUUUGGAUCGUUCUCAACUCGUUGGAGAAGAACUCAGUGAAGAAGCCAAGGCGGCUGGGUGUCACGGUCCAGAUGAUCAAGUGGCUUGGCAAACAGAUGGCCUCAGGAGCGGACGCCAUGGGCGAGCUCAAAGUUGACUGCAGGAUGGUGCAUGCAGCGGUGGUCACGGCCUGGUUCUUCAUGCUUCGUGCCAGGGAGUUCUCUGACUCCAGCGGGGUGGAUCAGGAGAUGAUCGUCAGGGGGCAAGAUGUAUCCCUCACAACUCGUGGCCAACCCGACGAGAAUGAUCCUCAGGAAGUGACCUUGCAGUUCCGCAAAACCAAGGCGGAUCAGGAGGCCUUCGGGACGUGCAAGACGAUGCUGAGGACGGAGGUCGAGUUCGUGUGUGUGGUCACUGCGCUCCAUCGACUACGCGAAGUGGCACCGAGGAGGUUUGGGCGGGGCCCAGAGAGUCACAUGCCCUUGUUCCGGUGGGCUUCGGGACCUGUCCUCAAGCGCUUGGAGGUCCAGAACCUUCUGCAGAGAGCGGCACGAGCUCUCGGCUUGCCGGCAGAGCGCUUCCAGUCCCAUUCGCUACGAAUUGGUGGAGCGUCGGCGCUUUACCAAGCCACGGGGGAGAUUGAAGUGGUCAAGAGGACCGGGCGAUGGACAUCGUCAGCGGUGCAGCGCUAUCUCCAUGACUCGGGCGACGUCCUGUCAGGUCUGGCGCGGAAGAUGGCCAAUGUGGACCAGCACGUGCAUUACACCUGA